AUGAACAAAUUGUCUGAAGAUCAAGAUAAAUGUACUUUAACAGGAAGAGAAUUAUACCACACUAAAUUUCCGCCUCCAUCUACAGUGGCUCAACCAAAAAAUUGGAAGAACUAUCAGGAAGCAUAUGACCCAUUCAUCUUGAAUUAUCACUCACACACAGCCUUUAGAUUGCUUGUUACUCUCUGUGAACCUGUCUUUGCUGAAUUUGAAAGAAGUUUCAGGGAUUGUCAAAUGGAUAAGUUUGACACAGACUUUGUUAUCGAACUUUCAUGUGAGAUGUCUUAUACAUUCGUAGAUGAGGAUGUAAGGAAAGAAGCCUUUUGCUCACUUUUAAAAAGUUCAAACAAGAAGCAUCUCUGUUCUCCAAUCUCAUCCACCAGUAUUUCUUCUGUACCUAACAGUAUACUAUACCAAACAGCACAUAUGCUGAAACCUCUAAAAGUUGCCUUAGGGAAGCUUCGAAAUAUUUAUGAUAAUCAACCUUUUGAAUAUGUAACAAUAGCUGGAAAAACAAUACAACUAACAUAUAUUGAUCAGAUAAGAAAACAUCUUAUCUUUGAGGCAUAUGUAAAUGUUGAGUCUGGGAGACCUUAUAGGAAUGGUGGAAUUGAUCAUGAUGUUAGUAAUGCAGUCAUAGAAUCUGUAAAGUUGUUACAUAGUAAUGGUUUUGUGCAUGGAGAUCUAAGAAGUCCUAAUAUUAUGAUAGGAAAAAAUAACCAGAUGAAAUUUUUAGACUUUGAAUGGGCGGAUAAAGAGGGAGAGGCAACUUAUCCAAUGCUUUUAAAUACAGAAUUUGGAUGUUAUUGCGGGGGAAAAAUCAAAAGUAUACAUGAUAAGCACAUAAUAAAAAAUUGA